CGAUCUUAGCUUCGAUCUGAGCGCGAUUGUCUUCAGCCUCUCAGCUUCAAUUUGUUCUCAGCCGGCCCAAAGAACGCGUCGCCACCGAGUUUGCUCCUGUCUGUUCCUUAGCACUCGACUGCGCUCACGUAUCCUUCCUCAUUGUCGACGACAUGAGUGAGCCUCCGAAGCCCAUGCGAUACGACGCUUCCGUCAAUCCUAGUCCUGAACAUGCCCAAGCUAUCUCACAAGGUACAUACCUCAACAACACGGCCCAACGCCUCAUGGCCAUGGGCCACUACGAGGAGGCGGAACGUCUCCACAAGCAGGCCAUCGAGGUCAAGGAACGUGGCCUAGGGGCGGACCAUAUCACGACUGCCCUCUCAUAUAACGCGAUUGGAGAGGUGUACAUCCAACUCGAGCGUCUGGAUGACGCGGAGGUGUACCUCCAGAAAGCAUUGACUAUCCGUCAGGCCAGCCCACGGGCCAGCGACGAGAUCGACGCUGCUGUAACCCGCGAGAACUUGGCUGUUGUAUAUGAGAUGCGCGGCGAUCUGCCUCGCGCUAGGCAGUUGCGGAGGGUUGGAUCGCCGGACAAUAUGCUCUGCGCGCAUUCGAACUGCGAGCUCUAUCAGGUGAAGCGCAGCAAUUUGUUGCAGUGCGGUGGUUGCAAGUCGAUCUACUAUUGUGGGACCGGUUGCCAGUCCAAGGACUGGAAGCGACACAAGAAGUACUGCAAGCGCGCUGGUUCUAAGACUGCCUAAGUUCACGAUACUGCGUUUGCAUGACUCGCUCCAGCUCUGGGCCCGUGCCCCAGCUGUGGCCCACACGCUGACCACUGCACACACACAUCUAUUCCUACCUAGUCCAUUUCUCUCUUCUUUUGCCCCCAAAGCGGCACGGAUAUCGCUCUCGACCCACAAAAGAGACUUCGAGUCUCUGUACUAGUACGACAACAAUCCCUCUAUUCCGAGUCAGAUCAAGGUGUACUAUAUCACGACAAGCUUCUAUUGUCCCUUCAUGUGUAAUCGCCUUACACGCAUUGAUACAAAAAACUACCCUUACCCCCUGUG